ACGUGAUCCUCUUUGAAAGACUAUGGAAGAUCAUUCAGUGUGACCAAUCCUCAUGCACUCGAAGUCCAUAUCGAACAGAUGUAUGUUUGACAGGUGUAUCCGAGAUCAAAAAGUACUGCAAGACUGCAAGUCUUAAAGCUCCAACAUCCUCCUACUGCAUUUGAGCUCAUCUGUUGCCGUCAAGCUCUGAGGGCUUUCGGUACAACUCAAUAUCAAUCUUCUAAUCCUGACUUGUGCCGCCCGAGGUUGCCGUUGAUGGCACUGCUAACGACAUGGGUGAACGGCCACCUGGGAUUCACACUCAAUACUGUCGGCACCUUUAUACCUGCAGCGUUCAUCAUCAAGGAAGCCAUCCCUGAGAAACCCAUCGCGGAAACUUGGGUGACCGUAGUGACGGGAGCUGGAGGCGAUCUCAAGGAUGCUGGCGGCGUUUUCCCCGAUGUUGCCUUUUGGGACGAUAAUGGCAAAAGAAUCGGGCGAUACCGCACCAAGCUAGGUGACAAGAUAGCCCAGAGCAGUGAGCGGACCGUCAAGAUACCGAACAAUGAGAACGACGGAACGAUAUCCGAUCCUCAAUAUAUCAUGUUGAGCCACGAUACCGAUGCGACCUGCGUCGCCAUGGUCCAAGUUUCCAACGGCCGGCUCAGCGGGACGGUCUACGGCGAUACCGGAUACAAAUGCGGCCAAGCCUGGUACCACAGCCAGCGGAAGUUCAAAGGAGACAAUCUCAUGUCCAAGUGCGUUUGGCUGGACUCGGACCACUCCCACCCAAACUUCAACGCCAGAGCCAUGAGCUUUCACCUCCGAGACAUGCUGCCUUCGCCCGACAAGUUGAAGUUGUACAACAGCGAGCCGGCCUACCUGUGUAAAAGCACACCUCGGUACUCAUUCUGGAAGCACCUAAUCCCAGACGGAAUCGUCCCAUUCUUCUACCCAGUUUUGAAAUACAACAAUCACUCUCUCAACCCGAAACUUGAGGGCACGAAUGAAAAUCCUAUCGACGCCCUCGAUCGGUUCAAGUACAAUAAGGACGUGUACGUUCAGCAAAGCGAAUCCGAAAAGGAGUAUCGAAGGAGAAGGAGAGCUCGUUCGACGCGCCCAAACAAGAGACAAGGCUCAAAUAUGGACCCUGAUCACCUGGUCUUGACCGAGAUACCGGGUCAGACUGCCCGAGAGAUUUGCGAACAUCCUAACUCAGUCGGGUAUGACAUUGUCUCGUUUGUAGACGGGAAAUACUGCGACCUGACAAAGAGGAGUGUUGGAACAGCAAAGGCUGAUAAGGAACUUUACGAUCUUUGUGUAGGAACCAUCAUGGCCAACUGUUUUGAUGUCAACAGCACGACUGUCAUUGGGGCUCAAGGUCUGGUAGGGAGAAGGGAAGGCUUCGCCUCUGGGGCAAGCGCGAAGUCUUACAAAACAAGGGCUCACUGGAAAUGA